CUGUAAUUCUUCCUCUUUGGUUUAGUCUAGUUCACAUGCGUCACAAUUUCGUUGUAAUUUUCCAAAGCAGUUAUUUUGAUCUCAUUUACUUUUCAGUUUGUGAAUAUACAAAGGAAUCGUUUAAAACCGUAGCCAAGGACCAGCUGGAGGCUGAUUUUUUAAGGGCAGGAUACCGGUGUAAUAUCCACGAACUAUUCCAAAGGAUUGUAAGCUGGCGUCAAUCAAAGGGAUUGAAUCUGUUCAAUUUUGAAACAGUAAAAUUUGAACACCACUGGCAGGAUAGCCAAUCGGAUGAGAAUGUUGACACUGACCGGAUGCCGCUUGACAGUCUAGAAGUUGGUGAAUCGAAUUCUUCUGGCGAGGGCACCAAGCACCAAUCAGUUUUCCCAGAUUCCCAGAUCACUGCAGAACAAUCUGCAACCAACGAAUCUACCGGAUUUCAAUUAUCAGGUGCUCAUCUUCCCAGUCAGAUUUUCCUUUCAAGUGUGAAGCUAAAUUCACCUUUCGGGGAAGUAUCCAAAAUAGUUCCAAUUAUUUUGCCCUCGGAUCUGCGACGUUUACAAUGCAGUAAACUAAACGCACUAAAUGCACCUACCAAUGUUGUCUGCUCUGAGAUCGAGUCGGAUGAGCUCCCAUUAUCAAGGGUAGAUACCCAGUCGCUCACAGAAGUAUUAUCAACACUACGCCGCUUACAACAGUUGGGCCAAACGUCUAGUGGUGUCUUGGAGGACCAACUCAAGGGUUCUGCGGUAUCUGUGACCGAAACGCAAACCAAUUUGGAUCAAUUAAACGUUUUUCAGAAAGCUCACGACGACGGUUCAACGGAAACGAUUUUCAAUUUCGAGUUUGAAUCGUCUAGAGAACAUACUGCAGAGCAGCUUCAAUCGAAAGCAUCGAACGCGAGCGGUUCCACGAACAUUGCUACCGGAUCGAAACUGCCUUGUGUUGCUCAACGUACUGCUGAACAACUGCAAUCGGUCAUCCUCCAGGAGGACCAGAGUACCUACGCAGGAUCAAUUCGGCCACACCAUGAGAUAUUGGUUUUGGAGCAGAAGGAUAAUUCAGAGCUGGAGCAUGACACAUCGGUGCUAGAAGUUUCAACUCCUGGUAUUUCUACUAAUCAACUUACAGCUUCUCAGUACACCGAACAUGUUGCGGAGGUUUCGGAUUUUGCAGAAUUUUUUGGACCCAACAAGUUACGUUCGCUGUUGGAAGGAACAGUAACCGGAAAAGAACUAAUAAAUCGUGCACAUCAAGGACCGUUAUCAAAUCAGAGUCAAGCAGAACUGAUUUCGAUACUUUCUGAGUACCACAUUAGCACGAAAGGAAAAGUAACUGAGGAAAUUCUUAAAAUUUAUACUUUAGCCAUAACAUUGCUAUUCAAACACGAAAAAAAGGUAUGUUAUUGUUUUGAUUAUACAACGCAACCCGAAUCAAAUGCCAAAAGGUUUACUUUGAUAACAGGUUUGUUCCAGUACACGCUUCUUGCUUCCAGUUGCUCUGAAGCGCUUCUAAGCAAACAGGAGAAGCAAAAGUUUGUUCCUUUUUACUUCGGUUUUCUACCUGAAGAAAAAAGAGAAGACUGUGACGAAAAACUGGCUACAGUUAUUGGUUAUAUCAAUCAUCUAAUGCUCUUUCAUCGCGUGCCUAAAGAAUAUCACUUUAUAUGUACAUACGGCACGUGUAUACAAAAAACAACAUCCUGGUAUAUCUUCAAGCGCCAUCUAUAUACCCACAAACCAUCUAAUAAAUUUCACGUGCAUCACGAAGCCGAGGAAUCUUCGCAGACGAUUCAGCCAAUGUUGACAACAACAAGUGCAGCGAUGCUGCGCACAACAGCAAAUAUGAUUACCGAACAAACAAGUCAACUUUCUAGAAAUCUGAACCAUCUCCAAGAAUCUUCAUUAUCUUUCACUUUAGAUUUACAUAGCAGCGCUAACUUAACUAGACGUGAUGUUAGACACAUUCAGAAAUGUGUGAACAAUUUGAAUGAGAAGAUAGCACAAGAUAUUAAUGAACUUCAGCUUAAAAUAACCGAUCCACAGAUUGAGUUCGAACUUCAUACAUAUCUAACCAAAAUGAAAUCGUUGUUUAAUUUUGUUGGUACAGACCAUAAACUUUUUAUGUAUUUGACGGAAAACAAUUUGUUUCGUAUGCCAACUGUUGUUUCGUUACAAAGAGAACAAAUUUCAAUACACUCCAAAGAUAUUACUCUAGAAGAAACUUACGAUGAGAGUGAAAAUAAUUUAGUUGUAAUGGAUGUCGAAUUCCAAAUACGAUCAUUUUUUAACACAGAUAAUGUUCUUACUCAAACAAUAGAAAAUACUAUUAAUUUAGAACAAACGGAAGGCAUUACCAGUAUCGUUAGUGGAAACGUGUGGAAACAGAUAAAACUAAAGUAUAAAAAUGAUGUACAAAUACCAAUUUCACUAUACGCAGAUGAAUUCGAAAUUAAUGACCCGCUAGGUGCCCAUAACAAAAAACACGCUGUGUGUGGCUUAUAUUAUUCAUUCCCCACAAUACCAGAUGAAUUUACUUCAAAAUUAUGUAAUAUUUUCGUAUGUGGAGCAAUUAAGAAAAGAGAUAUAAGCCAAGCUGGAGUCCAUUCCCUUUUGCGACAUCUUGUAAACGUUUUCAAAAACGUAGAGGAAACCGCUUUUGACUUCACAAAUAAGGGUAUUAUAAAACCAGUUAGGUUUAUAGUAACUAUUUUCCAAGGAGACAAUCUUGGUGUGCACCAGUUUUUCGGGUUUUUGACAUUCAGCGCUAAUUUUUACUGCAGAAUUUGUCGUCGUCAUAAAGACUAUUUGCAAACCGAUUGCGAAGAGAUAAACGAUUGCCUACGCAAUGAAGAUAAUUAUGACUCUGACGUCGCUUUGAAUAAUCCAUCUGAAACUGGAAUUAAACAUUAG